CACGCCACCCCCGAGCUGGAGGGGAGGCCCGGGGUGCUGUGCACAGAGAUUCGAGAGGCAGACGAGUCGCCGCCCCCCAGCAUCUUCGGGCCAAAGAAGAAGUUCCGCCCCGUGGUCCAGAGGCCAGCGCCCAAGGACACCUCCCUGCACAGCGCCCUGAUGGAGGCCAUCCACUCGGCGGGCGGCAGGGACGGGCUGCGGAAGACGCCAGAGCCCAGCGCAGAGGGAGGGCCCAAGAAGCUGUGCUACGUGGAGCCGGAGAGCGAGCACUCGGCCCUGCUGGCGGCCAUCCGGGGGCACCGCGGCGCCUGCAGAGGCACUGACCUAUCCCCUCAAAAUUCUGCAAACCCAAUUGUGUGCUGCUGGGCCCACACCCCAUGCGGGCGGAGCCGAGAGGAGCCUGAGCUCUCGCGGGCAGUGCAGUCAUGGGCAGUGCAGCGGGGACGCGUGAGCCUGUGUCUGCUCGUGGCCACCACCCAUACUGGCUCGGCACCCGGGCCAGUGGUGCCCUUGCUCGUGUGA